AUGGGGGAGCUCUCUCUUCCCAGCAGCUACGUGAGUGGUACUCUCGGUACUGUCGCAGCCUCCGGGGUGCUGCUGGAGCUGUUGGCGCUGGUCCUACUGGAGGUGCUACUGGUGCUGCUGGGGGUACUAGAGCUGCUGGGCCUUGAGGUGCUCCUGGUGCUGGAGCAGCUGGCAGUGCUGGAGCUGGCGGUCCUGCUGGUGUUGGCGCUGGAGGUGCUGCUGGCGCUGGUGCUUCAGAGGGUGCUGGAGUUGGCGCUGCUGGAGCUGGAGGUGCUGCCGGUGUUGGAGCUGGCGGUGCUGCUGGCGCUGGUGCUUCUGAGGGUGCUAGAGUUGGCGCUGCUGGAGCCGGAGGUGCUGCUGACGCUGGUGCUACCGCUGGGGGUGCUGGUGCUGUCCGUGCUGUUUCUAGAGGCGCUGCGUGGCCGCGGCCGUACUUCGUUCCGCUCCUUGAGCAAGUUCUUGCGUCGUGCGCCUGCGUCUUGUCCUGGGUCGCCUGUUCGUGCUGCUCGCACUAAUCGUCGUGUUCCGCGUCAGCGUCCUCCUGCGGUCCCGGGCACGCACCAGAUGGCACUGCGUCCUUCCACUGCUCCGCAGCGUGUCCCUUUGCCGUCUCCUCCGGAUUCCUCUCUUCCUGCUCUUGCUGACCCGAAGUCGGACUCUCUUCGUGCUGCCAGUCCUACUGUCAUGCGUCUCCUGGCUACUGUUGGAGACCCGGAUGCACCAGACAUCCCGACUCCUCGAUCGUACGCUGAGGCGAUCGAGGGUCCGUACUCCUCACAGUGGCAGUCAGCCAUGGACGCAGAGAUGGCUUCCUGGAAGUCCACGGGCACCUACGUCGACGAGGUUCCCCCACCUGGGGCGAACAUCGUCAGUGGCAUGUGGAUUUUCAGGGUGAAGCGGCCGCCGGGUUCUCCGCCUGUCUUCAAGGCGCGUUACAUGACCACUCUUCGGGUGCUGCUGCACAUAGCCGCUCAGCGCGACUACGAGCUUCACUCUCUUGACUUCAGCACAACUUUCUUGCAGGGCAGCCUGCACGAGGAGAUCUGGCUUCGCCGCCCACCUGGCUUCACUGGGUCGUUUCCUCCUGGUACCCAGUGGAGCCUCCGGCGGCCAGUCUAUGGUCUCCGCCAGGUGCCGCGUGAGUGGCACGACACACUGAGGACUACACUUGCGGCUCUUGGGUUUGCUCCUUCUACUGCUGACCCGUCGGUGUUUCUGCGCACCGACACCUCUCUGCUGCCGUUCUACAUACUCGUGUACGUCUACGACUUGGUCUUUGCCACUGCUGACACUGUUGGACUCGCCCACGUGAAGUCCAAGCUGCAGAAGAGACACACGUGCACAGACCUGGGUGAACUGCGCAGCUACCUUGGCUUGCAGAUCCCCCGGGACAGAGCACAGCGCACCAUUACCCUGACUCAGUCACACAUGGUGCAGCAGGUCCUUCAGCGUUUCGACUUCACGUACUCCUCGCCUCAGGCCACUCCUCUGUCUACUCGCCACUCGCUCUCAGCUCUGCCUUCGGAUGAGUCCGUAGAGCCGAGUGGCCCGUACCUAGAGCUUGUUGGCUGCCUCAUGUACCUGAUGACCUGCACUCGACCUGACCUUGCAUACCCUCUUAGCAUCUUGGCACGCUAUGUUGCUCCUGGGAGACACCGACCAAAGCACAUGGCUGCAGCAAAGAGGGUGUUCCGCUACUUGUGCAGUUCGUCGGGCAUGGGGCUAGUGCUAGGAGGGCGGCGUUCAGUGGUCCUCAGACGUCACGAAGACGCUUCUUGUGCUGACGACCAGGCUACGCAGCGGUCGUCACAGGGUUACACCUUCAGCCUUGGCUCCGGCUCUGUUUCGUGGCGGUCUACCCGCUCGUCUUCUGUUCUUGGCUCCAGCUGUGAGGAUGAGAUCUACGCGGGGGCCAUGGCUGCACAGGAGCUACGCUGGCUCACCUACUUGCUGACAGAUCUAGGAGAGCCGCCUCGUUCUCCUCCGGUUCUGCACGUAGACAACAAGGCCAUGCUGGCCUUGUGUCGGGAGCACAGACUGGAGCACAGAACAAAGCACAUUGCUCUUCGCUACUUCCUUGCUCGUGAGCUGCAGCAGCGUGGUCAGCUGCGCCUUGCGUACGUGGCCUCUGAGGCCAACACUGCUGAUAUCUUUACCAAGGCACUUCCGCCUUGUGAUCAUCAGCGAUGCUGUACGAUGCUAGGUCUUGUGCCUACUUGGCCUCACUUGCUCACUUCUUGA